AUGGAGGGCGCGCACAUGGAGCCCACCACUGGCUCCAACAGCCUCCUGGGCGGCACCGCGUCGCAGCCCAAGAAGGUCGCCUACUUCUACGAUUCGGACGUCGGCAACUACGCCUACGUCGCCGGCCAUCCCAUGAAGCCCCACCGCAUACGCAUGGCCCACAGCCUGAUUAUGAAUUACGGCCUGUACACCAAGAUGGAGAUCUACCGCGCAAAACCCGCCUCCAAGUACGAGAUGACGCAGUUCCACACGGACGAGUACAUCGACUUCCUCCACAAGGUCACCCCCGACAACAUGGACAGCUACGCUAAGGAGCAGAGCAAGUACAAUGUGGGAGACGACUGCCCCGUCUUCGACGGCCUCUUCGAGUUCUGCGGCAUCAGCGCCGGCGGCACCAUGGAGGGCGCCGCCCGCCUGAACAGAGGCAAGUGCGACGUCGCAGUCAAUUGGGCUGGCGGUCUGCAUCACGCAAAGAAGAGCGAGGCCAGUGGCUUCUGCUACGUCAAUGACAUCGUCCUGGGUAUCAUCGAGCUGCUCCGCUACAAGCAGCGCGUGCUCUACAUCGACAUCGACGUCCACCACGGUGACGGUGUCGAGGAGGCCUUCUACACCACCGACCGUGUCAUGACCGUCUCCUUCCACAAGUACGGCGAGUACUUCCCCGGCACCGGCGAGCUCCGCGACAUCGGCGUAGGCGCCGGCAAGAACUAUGCCGUCAACUUCCCCCUCCGCGACGGCAUCACAGACGACACCUACAAGAACAUCUUCGAGCCCGUCAUCGAGGCCGUCAUGACGUACUACGGCCCCGAGGCUAUUGUCCUCCAGUGCGGCGGUGACAGUCUGUCAGGAGACCGCCUGGGCUGCUUCAACCUGAGCAUGGCAGGCCACGCCAACUGCGUCAAGUACGUAAAGAGCUUCGGCGUGCCUGUCAUCGUGCUGGGCGGCGGCGGCUACACCAUGCGCAACGUUGCCCGAACCUGGGCCUACGAGACGGGAGAGCUGGUCGGAGAGAAAAUGUCCAAGCAGCUGCCCUUCAACGACUACUACGAAUACUUUGCCCCCGAUUACGAGCUCGACGUACGGCCUUCGAACAUGGAGAACGCCAACUCGCACGACUACCUGCACAAAAUCAAGUCGACCGUCAUCGACAACAUUCGACGAACGGGCAGGCCUUCCGUUGAGGCUUUCACAAACAUUCCAAACAACCCGCUGCUGCGCGCCGAAGACUCCGAUGCCGAAGACGCUGAAGACGACAUGGACACAGACAUGAACCCUGAUGUGCGCUCUACCCAACGCCAGCAGGAUCAGCGGAUCGAGGCCAACGGAGAGCUCUACGACGAGAGCGACGAUGAAGAGUACAAAAACAGCCUGGGAGUACGUGCCCAACCAGGCACAAAGAAACGACGACACAUUACAGACUUCCCAAACCCCAACGCGGCGGCACCGGAUGGUCUUGACGCCCUCAAAGCUCUGGACGACACCAACGGCGAUAGUGCCCUCUCCACAAGGCAGACUUCGCCGGCUGAGAGAUCGCAGACACGCACGCCUGCAAUAGCGGAGCAGAGCGCCGACGACGGUGAUGUCGACAUGGACGAAGCCGGUGCAACGACGGCUGCUGCUGUCACGUCGACCAGAUCACAGUCCCCCGCCGGCGUCGUCACCCCACCAGAGUCGCCCGCUGCAGCUACGGCACCCGCCGCUGCCGUCCCUGCGCCCGACGUCGAUAUGGCCGGUGCGGACGAAGACACAAAAGCAGACAUUGCUGGAGAGAAACAAAAAGGCGAAGCUGAGCGCGACUCUGAGAAUGUCAAGGGCGAGGUGCGGACAGAGGUUGCCAAGGACAGCUAG